AUGGAAAAGAAGCGGAGAAAUCAGUUGGAUCAGGAACGACUGAAGAGGAAGAGAGAAAAGGAAUCUGACAUGGAAAAAAAGAGGAGAAAUCAGUUAGAUCAGGAACGACUAAAGAGGAAGAGAGAAAAGGCAUCCGACAUGGAAAAGAAGGGCAGAAGUCUGUUAGAACGGGAACGACUCAAGAGAAAGAGAGAAAAGGAAUCUGACAUGGAAAAGAAGCAGAGAAAUCAGUUAGAUCAGGAACGACUGAAGAGGAAGAGAGAAAAGGCAUCCGACAUGGAAAAGAAGGGCAGAAGUCUGGAAGAACGGGAACGACUCAAGAGAAAGAGAGAAAAGGAAUCUGACAUGGAAAAGAAGCAGAGAAAUCAGUUAGAUCAGGAACGACUGAAGAGGAAGAGAGAAAAAGCAUCCGACAUGGAAAAGAAGGGCAAAAGUCUGUUAGAACGGGAACGACUCAAGAGAAAGAGAGAAAAGGAAUCUGACAUGGAAAAGAAGAUGAGAAAUCAGUUAGAUCAGGAACGACUGAAGAGGAAGAGAGAAAAGGCAUCCGACAUGGAAAAGAAGGGCAGAAGUCUGUUAGAACGGGAACGCCUCAAGAGAAAGAGAGAAAAGGAAUCUGACAUGGAAAAGAAGCGGAGAAAUCAGUUGGAUCAGGAACGACUGAAGAGGAAGAGAGAAAAGGAAUCUGACAUGGAAAAGAAGGGCAGAAGUCUGUUAGAACGGGAACGACUCAAGAGAAAGAGAGAAAAGGAAUCUGACAUGGAAAAGAAGCGGAGAAAUCAGUUGGAUCAGGAACGACUGAAGAGGAAGAGAGAAAAGGAAUCUGACAUGGCAAAGAAAAGGAGAAAUCAGUUAGAACAGGAACGUCUGAAGAGGAAGAGAGAAAAGGAAUCUGAAACGGAGAAGAAAAGAAAGCAGAUUAUUGAUAAGUCAUUACAUGCAGAAACAAGACACCCAAAGUCUAUUGAUAAGGCAAACAAACAGUUCUUGAAGGAGAUACAGAAAAGCCCAGAUUAUACGUGCACAGUGUGUCAUAGAAUGAUGUAUAAGGAAAAUGUUAUUCAGUUUAGACCCAGCAGCUUCAGAAAUUCUGACUUGGCAGAUUUCUGCAGAACUAACCUCAAAACUUUGUCAGAUAAAGAGUGGCUAUGUACAACCUGCCAGAGGCACUUAAGAAAAGGAUCAACUCCACCACAAGCUCAAGUGAACAAGAUGGCAUUGCCCGAACAGCCCUCCAUUGUAGAUGAACUUACUGAUUUUGAAGCCAGAUUGGUUGCCAAGAGGAUACCCUUUAUGAAAAUUACUGCUUUACCAAGAGGAAAACAACAGGGUAUCAUUGGUUCAGUGGUCAAUGUGCCAUCAGAUGUUGAUGAGACAUGUAACAUUCUGCCAAGAACUCCAAUAUCGGCUGGUAUCAUCCCUGUCAAACUGAAAAGGAAGCAAGAGUACAAAAGUCAUGUCUAUUUUGAACAUGUUAGGCCAAAUGUAGUCCAUGAAGCAUUUCAGUGGUUGAAAGAAAACAAUCACCACUAUGCAGAAGUGAUUGAUGCCUCUGACAAGUGGGAAGAGACUUUUACUAUGGAGGACAGUGAACUUUGGAAUCACCUCACUUAACCUAAAACGGACAAUAGUGUAUCAGAAGCUGUCAACAUCAUAGAAAAUGAUGAUAUGAAUGAAAGUGCAGAUAGAUUUCAUGAUCAUGACCAACUACUUGAAACAAAUACUGACCAUCCACUUGAUACAUGCAUACAAGUCAGCGACAUAGCUUUAGAUGUGAGCAAAGCCAUAAGUAUCUCUCCAGGAGAAGGGAAUACAUCAGUUGGGCUCAUGACAGAUUCAGGUUGUGAAGAAUUAUCCUUUCCAAAACUAUUUCCAACGGGAAAUUGGGC